GACUGUCUUCUUAACCAUAGAAAAGCAAGUCUGAAGCCGUAAUGUUGUGUACGCCACUGUUACCCGACUUAAAGCACAAGGAAGCCGUUCUGUGAAACUCCUGUGAUUAUUGAGGCCUUAAAUAAGUUUGUGAAAACUGAAAGUCAAUAUGCUCCUGCAGUACUAACAUCAUCAACCUGCUUUGUUUAAAAGAUCUUAUUAAUUUAUUUGAUGCAUUACACACAGUCAGAAACUUAUUUUUUCCCUCUAAUUUUCUGUUUGUGCUUUCUGAUAGUAAUCAUCUCCUUUUUCCUGGACAUCUAGUAAUUAACUGCUUCUGUGGGCUUUAGAGUUAGAGGGGAGAAAAUCUUUCAAUAUUACUUCCUAAAACUUGAAGGGAUGAGUUUUUCUUAUUGAAUGAAUGUUAAACAGUCAAUAAAACUGGGCUGGAAUUUCACUAGUCUCUGAUUAUUUUUGUUUUUGUAGUCAUGAAAAUUGAAUUGCAAAUCUGUAAAAAUCAAACAUAUUUUAUUAUGGGGAAACAUCUAAAGUUCAUGAAUUGCAAUAUUCUAAUUUCUACAUGUCUACAACAAGCAACCAACAUUUCAUUAUUAUAGCAAUAUAUCUUACAUAAGUACAGUAAACUAGAUUAUUUAUAUACUUUCUUGAGUAGCAUUCCAGUGAAUGCCUUGAGUGAGAGUUUCAGGUAAAUGUGGGUUAGGCAAUUUGAUGUUUUGGAAAAAAAAAUUCUAUACAAACACUGCAAUUUAAAAUAAAUUAUAAAAUGUUUGGUGCUAGGAUGAGGUGGGCUCUUUUUUGGCCAUGUUCGAACUUUUAUUUCUCAAAAUUACAAUGUAAGCACUUUUUGCAUCAUGAUCAACAAAUAAUUGUUGACAAUGUUUCAACCCAGGAAGACAAACAGGAAGUCGUUGGAGAAUCAUGGUAUGGCAUGUUUUUUAACGACUUAUAGCAUCAGCAAACGUAUUCAUCCAAGAUUUUAAUUUCUUAUUUGAUGAAAACAGCAAUUGCUAAGUUAGUUUUUUCGACAUUUGCGGAAUAUUGGCAAAGUUUUGCACGCAUUUGUGCAACUACUGCAAUACCUUUGAGAGGAGCAACCGAGCCCGAUUGCAAAACAUUGUCACACGGCUGGAAAAUGGACUGAAAAAUCGCACCCACUUAGACUAGAUUAUUAGUAUUUUUUAAUACUUGACUUCAGACAUAAGUUAUAUCUUCUAACCUAUGGAGUUAGAAGAUCUAGCAAAAUUCCAUCCAUCAAUCCAUUUUCUUACACCCUUGUCCCUAGUGAGGUCUGAAGGGGUGCUGGUGCCCAUCUCCAGCGAGACCUUUCGGGCGAGAGGCAGCGUACACCCUGGACAGGUCACCAGUCUGUUUCACUGCAGCCUAGCAAAAUUAAGAAAGAUAAGUUUCAAGUUUGGCUAACGGUGUCGGUGCCACGAAUCAAAUUUUGCCCAGGGCCCACAAAGUCUUGGAUCGCCACUGUUUUGACAGAUAAGCAUUAACAAUUAAAUCUUGUUACGGUUUAAUAGGUUAAUAAAUUAGCGUUUAUAUGCUGCUAGCAAACCAACUUUUAACCCAUCAAUAGACAUUAGUGGUAUUUUGGUAAUAUAUAUCAAUGUCUUUGCUACUUUGCUAACUACCGAAAGUUCCAGAUUUUCCUGUCACGUGAUCCCUAAUUGCGCACGCAACUGACCGUUAAGUGCCAGUGACGUCAGAGCACCGGCGGUCAGUCUGAGUUGCUGUGGCCAUGGCGCAGGAUGUGUCUGUUUCAGAGGAGACUUUAACCGGUGCCCUGAGUCUGUUGGUCAGUUUGGGUCAAAUAUUACUCCAGAAUGCCCAGCAGGAAGCAGCAGCAUCUCUGCAGACUUUUGUUCCUCAUAAGAUCACUACUUUAUUUGGUUUGAUCACAGCCGGGGAAAAUUUCUACAGAAGAAUUGGAGUGAAGACAAAAGGUGAAGCAGAGGCUGUUUGGCAGAAAUUAUACUACCAUCCAGCAGUCAGAGAGCAAGUAGAAGAGCUUCUGAAACUGGAGAAUGAGUGGGACUCCUUCCUGCAGAGCGUGGACAAAGAUUUGCAGAUGACUGAUGAGCAGCUAUCAGGAGCAAAUCCAGCAGACAGCUUAAGUCCUGACUUUGUAUUCACUGAUGCACGAUCAAAAGAGAGUGUGACUCUGGGUCAGUUCUUGGGUCAGAAGCUGCUGCUGGUUCUCAUUGGAAACUUUGGAUGGGUGCCGUGUCGGGACCAUGUGGCCGAGCUGGAGGCCAAUCAGACCCUCCUGGAGGCCCAGUCAGUGCAGGUCAUGGUGGUUUCCUUCGGCAGUGUGGAGGGCGCUCAGCUGUGGCUGGAACAGACAGGAUGUACCUUCGAAAUGAUGUUGGAUUCACAAAGAAAGGUUUACAGGAGUUUUGGGCUUGGCUCCUCCUUCUCCAAGGUGUUGAAGUUCGGCUGCCUGAUGCAGUUGUCGGAGUUCAGCGCUGCAGACAGAGACUUCCCUGAUUUCCCACAUCGCCUGCUAGAAGACAUUUAUCAGCUGGGCGGGGAUUUUUUACUGGACGAAACGGGAAAGGUGCUUCUCUCUCAUCCGUCUAAAAACCCUCUGGACAGACCGAGUUUGAAAGACGUCCUGCAAGCUGCUGAGGACAACACCAGCAGCUAUGAAGACAAAAAUGAACAAAAGCCGUAAAAAAACAUUGAUACCACAGAAGAAGACCGGCUCUUUGACACACAUCGAUGACGUCUCCUCUUACACUCGUUACGAAGAAAUGCGACUGAUGGAGAACUGUGCAGAAAAGACGAAACUGAUCUUCUUUUGUCAUGUCAAUGUUGUGAUUUAAAAUGAAAAGUCAUAUUUAUUU